AUGGCCGAACCGACAUAUACCGUUUUUGUACGGGUACCCAUACCUCGGGGUGACUUUGUUGAUCCUCCACCGGUGAACUGGGACCCUGUCAAAGAUGAGGCUUUAUGGAAGAUCCUUUCCGGAGCUGCAAAGAAGCAGAUAGAUUGGGACGAAAUCGCCGAUCGCUUUGAAGUCUCCGUAGACUUUCUCCUCCAGCAAGUUGCUUGGCUCACCGAAAGACAUGCUUCGCAAGUCCGCGCACAAGUACGCAAAGCUACUGCUGCUGUUCGUGGCUCUGGUCCCUCUCCUGUUCCAAGCGGCGAAUCCGCCGGCCCCGGCCAUCAACGAGCGCACUCCGCUUUGUCCUUUCGAAGAGACUCGCCCAUGUCGCGCAAUGAACCUGGAAGUGGUACAGGAACACCUCUUCAUUCAUCGAUGCGGCCAUUAGUUACGCGGAAUACAUCAACCAAUACUACUGUCUUGAGGGAUAUGACAGGGGCACCGGCUUCACCUCGACCAGGCGUUGUAUUAGCCUCGCGUACCGGCGACCGACGUCGCCUUUCAUCAUUACCCAUCACGUCAGUUCCCGACAAGUCUCCGGAGCAAACAGUCCAGCCAGAGCUUUCACCAGAAGAACGAAGCCCAUCACCGGGUCCGGCGGAGGAGAGCUCACCGACAUCAUCCGAUGAUGAAUCCGUCCCUGCCCAGUCUCGUAUAAUUCGCCGGCCCCCACGGUUUCAGCAACCCGACGGUGGACAAUAUGGCGAUGACGAUGAUGAUGAAUCCGAACCUGCAUUUCAACCCUAUACAUCUCCUUCGAGCAAAACCUCUGCUCAGGACCUUAGUUCAACUCUUAGGGAGGAUAGGCAUAGUUCUGGCAAACGACCCCAUCGGAGCCAUGGAAAACUCGCUAUUCAUAAAUCCAAUACAUCCGACUCUUCAGCCAGCUCUGCUGCAAUGAUACAAAAACCUGAUAGAACUGAUAAAUCAACUGAGCAGCGGACACCUGGCCCUCUCUCGCCGCGUCGGACUGAUGAAUUGUCCGGACGUAGCCCAGGAGGCAAGGACAGGGGUUACUCUCGUGAAGGCAGCGAUGGAACUCCCAGCAUGGGCAGCAGUUAUAGUGAUCUUGACGAUGCCUCUGUUACUCAAUCUGCAUUGGAGGAAGCAUUGGCCAGCCAUAUGAAUAGGGGGACGGGAAGCCGCUUCAGUAUAAGCCAGGCUUUCCGCAGCCGUUAUAACCCCAGCUCUAACCAGUGA